AUGGGCGCAGGUGUAGUCUUGCUCGUGGCUUUUGUGGCAUGGUUCGGCCUCAAUCGGUUCAGGCUGUUCCAGAAGCACCAGAGGGAGAUCAGCUUCCUUGCCGGCGUGCGCAUGUUCAUCUUCUUCCAAAUUCCAGUCGUUGGCGAUGCUCUGCCACCCAUAGAGGGUCUCACCGUCCCUAACCCCGAGUCACUGCAGCACGACGACUUUAAUACCUACGUCAAGUACGGCUGGGAUUGCUUCAGUAUCGUCGGAUUUCUCUUCGGACAGUGCAUCCUCUAUUGCGCCAAUACAUCGGCCAUCAAGGACCUCUCGUCUGUACGCUCAAAGUUCGGCAAGCACACGGCGGUCUACGAUUCGCUGCGGCUGCUCGGCGACAAUGUCGUCACUACAGACGGCGCAGAAUGGCGCGUCCACCGACGGGUCACCUCGCCCGCGUUCAGUGAGGCCAACAACGAGCUCGUCUUCUCAAGCGCAGUCAAGAUCGUCCGCGCUUGGUCGGACGAGCUUGUCGCGAACAGCGAUGCACAAGGCGUUGCGCUCGAUAAGGAUCUGCUAGAGAAUACCGUAAAGAUUGCUCUCAUGGUCUUCUCGGCUGCUGCGUUUGGCUACAAUCUGCCAUGGGAUGACGAGGAGGCGCUCAAGCCUGCACCAGGCCAUAAGCUCAGCUUCAGGAGCGCACUGUCGGGCAGUGUUGAUUACCUGCUCCCCCGGAUUGUCGCGCCGAAAUGGGCGUACAAGCUACCAAUUCCAUGGCUUCACGGCAAGCUCGCGAAGACUGAGCUCAUCUAUACCGAGCUCGAGGACUAUCUCGUCAAAUUCUUGGAGACAAAGGACAGCAAUCAGUCAAAGGACUUGCUUAGCUUGCUCGUCGCAUCUGCCGCCGAAGAGCACGAAGGCCCGAAACUCACCCGUCGAGAGCUUAUCGGCAAUCUCUACGUAUUCUUGAUUGCUGGCCACGAGACAUCUGCCCAUACCCUGUGCUUUGCUUUCGCUCUUCUUGCGCUGUACCCGGAUAAGCAGCAAUUGCUAUUUGAAGAGGCAAGGAAGAUUUGGCCCACGCUGGACAGCGAGCCACAAUACUCAGACAUCGCUAAGUUGGCAUACACACAAGCUGCCAUGCACGAGACGUUGAGGAUGUACCCGCCAGUCGCAUACAUUCCCAAGAUUGCGCAUCAAGACACCGAACUCACUGCGUACAAAGUCACGCCUGGCGACCAUCAAGAGGAGAGAGAAGCGCGCACGUUCAGGGUGCCAAAGGGGACCUGGAUCAAUAUCGACGCCGUAGCAAUACUGAACGAUCCAAAGCACUGGGGCGGACGUUUUGGCAAUAGCACGAGAAAUUUCCAGCCUGAACGAUUCAUAGAUACCGAUGAUUACAGAUGGAAUCGCGAUGCCUUUGUCGCCUUCUCUGCCGGACAGAGAUCUUGUCUGGGCAUGAAGUUCGCCCAGGUAGAAAUCAUCGUAGCGCUGGCAUGGAUGGUCAGACGGUUCGAAAUCAGUCUGCCGGACGAGAUGAAGAAGGCGGGUGAGACACAUGCACAGCUGCGCGACCGGGUGCUAGCGUUCCAUAGUCGAUUGACGACCACGCCCACGACACAUAUAAGACUUGCAUUCUCACAGCGUGCACAAUGA